AUUUUAGUCACGAAAAAAACAGUUGGCCAGAAACAUGUUGCGUUUAUUACUUGGGUUGCUGAUUUUAAUUGGCGCAGAGUGCCAUGAAACGGUACUAUCUCUUCAAGUGGCACGGGAAAUCCCAGAAGAACGUCUGGGGUCGGCGUGUCCAGUCGAAUUGGACUACAGUCCUCAGUGCAUCUGCGAUUUCUGGCCAUAUGAAACCUACAACGUCUACUGCAAUGCGUCAUCAGCCGAAGAAUUGAACGUCAUUACGCAGACCUUUCAGCGCACUCCCAUUGUCAAGCACACUGAGGUGAAAAUCAGCCUCACUGAAUCCAUGUCUAUUCCUGCCAAUUUUUUCAGCAAUAAGACGGCCGUUUCAAUCAUCUUCGAAUGCAUAGGCGAUUCAGGAAAGCUCGGUCUCAUCGACCCCCAGGCAUUCAUACUCACGGCCGCAACGACCACCGCGUUCGGGAUUAAUUUCUGCGACUUGACAGAAUUCGAUUUCGCUUUUCUGGCUCAGCUGAGGGUUUUGGCAUCGCUUCGGUUGUACAACACCACCAUGACCACCCUGGCGAAAAUGCCGUUCAUGCCCCACAUGCGAACGGUCGAAUUAUUCGGUCUGACUGGACUCCGCGAGUGGCACGAUCCAGCUCAAACUCCAUUCCUGGAUACGAUUACCAUCAACGCAGCUAUCGAUACGGAUCAGGAAACCAUGGAAAAGAUCUUGGAAACGCUGUUGUACUACGCCAACUCCCUGCGUGGCUUGUACCUACCCAAUUUAGGACUCACUAGAGUCCCUCCAGCUGUUAGAAAUCUAACAUACCUCAACACGCUGGAUUUAAGCGCUAACCUCAUCAGCUCACUGCCUACCGGAUCGUUGGCUUUGUCAUCCACUUUAGAUUCCCUAUGGCUGGGUAACAUGCUAAUUCAAAGUGUUGAACCGGGAGCUUUUCAAGGCAACUUCCGGCCAACUUUGGUCUACAUGGUUUUCAACCGGCUAAUUAGCUUUCCACGUGAAACAUAUGAAGACAUAUUAGAAGAAAUGAUUUACUCUUCCGGCUCUUUUAACAUUUACGGAAAUCCCAUAACAUGCAAUGACUGCCACCUGGAUUGGCUCAUCAACGAAAAAAGAUACCUGCUAGCAAGAGUGACGGACGGGAUGUGCACUAAUGGCACUAGCUUCGACCAGUUAGACGCGCAAGUUUACAAAGCCCGUUGUGCAAAGGACAAUCAUGCGACAUCUAUUCAAACACCGUUUUUGCUGUUGAUUUCGAUGCUUACUUUCUACAGACUAUUGCUUUAAAAACGUCAAAGGAAACUAAAUAAACAAGGUCCUUGGGUAUACGCCUUCGGGUUAUUGUGGCUAUUGGGAUAACUAUGUAUUCGUUUUUUGUCAUCCCCCCCCCCCAAGAUGGCAGUACAAUAGCUGGAAAUAAUGGCAAAUGUUGAGGUGAAAGAGGUGGCAGUAAAAUCGGGGCAAUAUAUAAACCAUAAUCGUUCAUUUUGUAAUGAUGGGUGUGGUCGCUAGGGGAACCAUAUGUAUAGGGUAGUGAGGGAAUGGUAUCGUUAAAUUCGUUAUGUGCAAUCUUUAUGCAUGGCUGUGUUCUUAAUAGAGUUUUUUAUAUCGGUGCAUCAUGUCGCACAUUGCAGGUCCGUCGCCCAAAAAAUUUAGGUCGUCUUUGGCGACUUCAUUGAAUGUUCCUGUGUCCAGCAAUAACCAAAUUUCCCAUACAGCGAUUAAAGAUCUGUCUUUAGAGACACAAUCGUAAGCACAACCGUGAUGUAUUUUCUAUGUAUAUUUUUAAAUAAUCAUUUGCGAUUUAACGUAACCGUAUGUCUGCGCUACAAAGGUCUAAAAAUGUUUAGUGGAUGUCAUGUGAUUUCUUAUCGGCUUCCCAUUGGUUUAAACGUUGUGUGAACGGUUUCCCAUUGGUUCGGUAGUUUAGUCAUGUUUAGGGAACAGUUGGCGUUCACACUUUGCGCUUUUCGGCAUUAUUUUCUUUAUCAGCUGAAUCUGCGUGAAAAACUACAGGGAAAGAUGUAGUUUACAUCGUGAUUAGUUUAACAUUUAAAUUAGAUAUUUGUAAUUUCAGAAACGCCACAGUCCUUAAAAUAAAUUAAAACUUUGAGAGUAAUGAAAAGGUUUGUAUCAAUAUCUUUCAACCAUAUCAUGUGAGAAACAUAACAGCCAAAACGGCACUUCCAAUCGCCGAAAUACCAGCUAGACAUUUUAACUCCAUAGAUUGAGGCAAAUCUAAUAUCAAGCUGCUAUGAGCCAGCAAACAAUAGAGAGCAAGUCAACCACAUCAGGGAUAAUCAAAUCAUCUUUGGCGUACUGUGGUAACAUAGAGAAAUGGGAAAUGGAGAGAAACCAGAAGGCAGUGAAUGAGAAAUAAGGACUAGCUAUGGAAGCAGGCAACGUUACUAAAAGGAUUGAUUUCUCAAGGACGUGAUAGGAGAAUAGGAAAAAUGCAAGAGACACGUUGAUCAAAGAGAUAUGCAAAUUACGCGAACUGUUCUUAAAAUAUAGAUGAAGUCCACAAGGGAAACUGAAAAGAGCUGUUAGCAGUAAACAAUAUCUAGCGAUAGCGGUGGGUUCCAUUAUUCGUCGGAUUUUGACCAAAACAUUUAAUGUGCACCAGAAGUUGGCAACAUAAUCUUCAAAAAUUCCGCGGUUGAAAGGAAAGACUCUGGAGAGAACUUGUUGCAAAAGCCCAUUAUGAAAUUGUAAAAAUAGAUACCAAAUAAUGGUAAAAGUGGCCAAUGUUACAAUCCCAAUACUUAUCAAAUUUCAAAGUUGAUAUUAAGGAGGAACCCCUACGGUGACAAGAAGCCAGCAAAUAGAAGAACAUGGGUAUAGCGUGAUAAAGCUCCAUUUGCUUAAAGUUUAGUUCUGCUGAAAAAACAACUUGAAUGAG